AUGUUUAUAUCACUCUUUUCUGACAGAGGGCAUGCCGAAAACUGGAUGCUUGAAAGGCACUCGCGCUUUCACAGCAGAGACUGCACCCUUCUUGAGAUUGAUACGAAUUCACUUCGAGGCCACCUCGUUUUCCGUGCCGAGAAGAUUGUCGACGCUUUGUCUCUGUCGAUCUGGACUGCCGCGCAGGCUAGCGUCGCUAAGGAGUACCUUGUUGUUCAUUGCAUCCCUCCUACCGCCGUUUUAAGGAGUCAAACUGUCCAUGACAUUACUGUCGUGUCAGAGGAUGAGGCUCCGGCCGAACUUAUCUCACAGCUGGAGGCUUUGGGGCUGUAA